AUGGACCCCACGGAUCCAAUAACACUCUCUAAUCCGAUUAUGGAAUGGAGGAAAGCCAAAUUAAGCAACAAUAAAAGCAAUUUUCCUCAAAGAUUACUAAAGCCUACAAGAAACCACAACAUUCAACAUUAUUCAUCAAAUGAGAAAUGGAUGAGUCCUAUAUAUAGAGAGGUUUUGGGAGUAGUAGGUGUAGAGUGGGUGGUGCCAGUCCCAGCAACCACGGAAUCCGCUGCCACGGACUCUGCUGCCAAAUAUAUCGACCGACUAGAAGAUUGGGAUAGUAAAAACUAUCAGAUCAUCACCUGGCUUUGCAAUACUUCUAUUACAUCCAUCGGCCUUCAGUUUGGUAGGUUCCAACUUGAGUCUGCUUCCUCUCCAGCGAAGGCCAUCUGGGAUUUUUUGCAAGAACGCUAUCAGACUACCGGUCUUGCUCACCAAUAUCAGCUUCUGAGUCAUCUUCACCGUAUGCGCCAAGAAAACACUCAGACCAUUAAUGAUUUCCUCUCCCAACUGUAUUAUGUUUGGGAUCAACUCGCUCUUUCUGAGCCUCCAUGGCCUUAUACUGAGGAUGCUGCCUUGUUUACUACCUACCGUGACCAACAGCGCUUGGUUCAGUUUCUCAUGGCUCUCACUCCUCGUUUUGAGCCCGUCCGCGCCUCUCUCCUUCAUCGCACUCCUUUACCCACUCUUGAGCAAGCCGUUUCUGAACUCCUGUCCGAGGAAACCAGGUUUGGUACUCUCCAUCCACACCCUGUGGACUCUGUUCUUGCUACUCCCCAGAUUCGGAGUUCUCCUUCACCACAGCGGUCCACUACCUGUAACUAUUGUCACAACCGCAAUCUUCCAUCGACUCAUCUUCUGGUUCAUUGUCCCGUUCGUCUUUGUCGAUUUUGCAACAAGACUGGCCCCGGUCAUCUCCAACAAGAUUGCUUCCGCAAUCCUACCCGUGCCUCUCGCCAUGGUCCUUCCACCGGGAAUUUUUCCCGCAGCAACUCUCACCGUUCUGGGACUCCAUUUAAAAACAUGCCUGCUCCACGCACUGCUGCUGCCGCCUCCGAAGAUUCACCUUCUUCUGUUCCUGUAGAUCCUUCCACUCCGGUCUUCUCUCAUACCGAUGUUGAAGCCAUGUUUCAACAUUUUUGGCAGCAUUCCGGUACUCCUCCAUCUCCUGCUUUGUCUACUACCGCAGGACCCUCGGACCAGGCAAACUCUUGGGAUAGGCCGUAAGCAAGGACGUCUCUACGAACUUAUCCAUCUUCAUGUUCCAGAUUCCUCUUAAAUCACUGCUCCUACCACUGCUACCACUGCUCCUCCUUUAUCUUAUUUUCAGCUUUGGCACUAUCGUUUGGGCCAUCUUUCUGUUGGUCGUUUGAAGUCUUUAAUUUCUAGUGGUCAUUUGGGUACUGUAAGUUCUAAUGCUUUCAAUUGUGUGUCCUGUCAACUUGCAAAACAACCUGCUUUGUCAUUUAAUAAAAGUGAUUCUGUUUCUCUUGCGCCCUUUGAUCUCAUUCAUUCUGAUAUUUGGGGACCCUCUCCUACUCCUACUAUGGGAGGCGCACGUUAUUUUGUUGUUUUUAUAGAUGAUUUUUCUCGUUUUACAUGGUUGUUUCUUAUGAAAAAUCGCUCUGAUACCAUAAAAGAAAUUGAGAGAGAUUGAGAGAGCAAAUAUUAGCUCUAUAUUUUUGAUGUAUUCAGUAUGUAUGUCUAUAUUUUACAAGAGACUGGGCUCUCUCUAUUUAUAGAGAGGAGAAGGUACAUUAAACUAUUGCUAAAGCUUUCUUUGUGUGCUGGGGUGUGCUAGUGGGUGUGUGCUGGUGUGUGCUUUACAGUGUGAUCCGAACAUGUGAUGCUAGUGGGUGUGUGCUGGUGUGUGUGUGUGCUUUACAGU